AUGAGGGCAAAUAGGUUCAUUACUAGAGUUCCGCUUCUAGUGCUGCUCUUCCUGAGCAGCUGUAGCUGCAAUAGCGUUCAGUUUAGCAACGGUAUCGACUCCGUGGAACUUGUAACGAAUCCUUGCCAGGAUGUGCGUAAAGGUGGUUUCAUUUGCGUUGACUGCGCAACUUUAGGAUUCUGCGCCAAUGUUGACGGACAGUGGCAAACCGUGAGCAUGACCGAGUGCGAUGCGGCACGUGGCUUCUUUUGCAAUGAUGAGGGAGCCAUUGGAUGUACGUGGCAACAGCAAUGCCAGGUGCCGGUUCGUGGCAAGUUCUACUGCCAGCUACCUGGCAUAUUUCCGGAUCCCUACGAUUGUCGCAGCUACCACGUGUGUGACGAGAGAAACGUGGAUACCCCUCAGCAGUGUACGAACGGGGCUGGCUAUUCCCUGCUCGCGCAAAGCUGCAGUUUGCCUCGGGAGAGUGAACAGUGCACGACGAAGCAGUACACCUGCAACAGUGUGGGCCAGACGGGUGCCUGGGCUGCUGAUCCCAGCUACUACUAUGUGUGUCAGAAGGAUUCACAGGGCAGUCAGGAUGUCUACUAUCCGCUGAUGCUGCAAUGUCAGUCGGGCUAUGUGUUUAAUAACCACAGCUGUGUCCCACAGACGUCUGGUGCUAAUUAUUUGCUGCCCAAGUCCAGGGAAACCCACAAAGUAAUCGCUCCGCCUCUGGUUCAUGCCGAAAAUCAGACACAAAGCUGCACGAAUGGCAUGCUCUAUCCGGCCAAUGACACAAAGGGAUACUACUAUUGCUCUAAGAACGAGCUUACAUAUCAGUCCUGCCCCGAAGGCAGUUACUAUGAUAACAGAUCCAUGCUCUGCCGCCAUGGAGCAUAUGACAGCGUCAAUGAUGCCAUCACGUGUGGCGAUGUCGGCUCCGAAACAGGCCCUUCUCUCUCUGUCUGCACUGGCUUCGGCAUGGUCCAGGACAUGACCAACUGUAGUCGCUAUUAUUCUUGCGAAGGUAAAAAUGCUGUCAUGCAGCACGGCACUUGUGCGACGGGUACGAUUUAUGAUCCUAGUUCAUAUAGUUGUAAGUCGGGAACUUGUUAA